AUGUUUUCCCCGUCAUGUUUUCCCCCGUCAUGUUUUCCCUCGUCAUGUUUUUCAUGUUUUCCCUCGUCAUGUUUUCCCUCGUCAUGUUUUUCAUGUUUUCCCCCGUCAUGUUUUCCCUCGUCAUGUUUUUCAUGUUUUCCCUCGUCAUGUUUUCCCUCGUCAUGUUUUCCCCCGUCAUGUUUUCCCUCGUCAUGUUUUCCCCCGUCAUGUUUUCCCUCGUCAUGUUUUCCCUCGUCAUGUUUUCCCUCGUCAUGUUUUCCCUCGUCAUGUUUUCCCUCGUCAUGUUUUCCCCCGUCAUGUUUUCCCCCGUCAUGUUUUCCCUCGUCAUGUUUUUCAUGUUUUCCCUCGUCAUGUUUUCCCCCGUCAUGUUUUCCCUCGUCAUGUUUUCCCCCGUCAUGUUUUCCCUCGUCAUGUUUUCCCCCGUCAUGUUUUCCCCCGUCAUGUUUUUCAUGUUUUCCCUCGUCAUGUUUUCCCUCGUCAUGUUUUCCCUCGUCAUGUUUUCCCUCGUCAUGUUUUCCCCCGUCAUGUUUUUCAUGUUUUCCCUCGUCAUGUUUUCCCUCGUCAUGUUUUCCCUCGUCAUGUUUUCCCUCGUCAUGUUUUCCCUCGUCAUGUUUUUCAUGUUUUCCCUCGUCAUGUUUUCCCUCGUCAUGUUUUCCCUCGUCAUGUUUUCCCUCGUCAUGUUUUCCCCCGUCAUGUUUUCCCCCGUCAUGUUUUCCCCCGUCAUGUUUUCCCCCGUCAUGUUUUCCCCCGUCAUGUUUUCCCCCGUCAUGUUUUCCCUCGUCAUGUUUUCCCUCGUCAUGUUUUCCCUCGUCAUGUUUUUCAUGUUUUCCCUCUUCAUGUUUUCCCUCGUCAUGUUUUCCCUCGUCAUGUUUUCCCUCGUCAUGUUUUCCCUCGUCAUGUUUUCCCUCGUCAUGUUUUUCAUGUUUUCCCUCUUCAUGUUUUCCCUCGUCAUGUUUUCCCUCGUCAUGUUUUCCCUCGUCAUGUUUUCCCUCGUCAUGUUUUCCCUCGUCAUGUUUUCCCCCGUCAUGUUUUCCCUCGUCAUGUUUUCCCCCGUCAUGUUUUCCCCCGUCAUGUUUUCCCUCGUCAUGUUUUCCCUCGUCAUGUUUUCCCCCGUCAUGUUUUCCCCCGUCAUGUUUUCCCUCGUCAUGUUUUCCCCCGUCAUGUUUUCCCCCGUCAUGUUUUCCCUCGUCAUGUUUUUCAUGUUUUCCCUCGUCAUGUUUUCCCCCGUCAUGUUUUCCCUCGUCAUGUUUUCCCUCGUCAUGUUUUCCCUCGUCAUGUUUUCCCUCGUCAUGUUUUCCCUCGUCAUGUUUUCCCCCGUCAUGUUUUCCCCCGUCAUGUUUUCCCCCGUCAUGUUUUCCCUCGUCAUGUUUUCCCUCAUCAUGUUUUCCCUCGUCAUGUUUUCCCUCGUCAUGUUUUCCCUCGUCAUGUUUUCCCUCGUCAUGUUUUCCCUCGUCAUGUUUUCCCUCGUCAUGUUUUCCCCCGUCAUGUUUUCCCCCGUCAUGUUUUCCCUCGUCAUGUUUUUGUUGUUCUUUAGUUGUCCUUUGUCUCUGCUCACAUGACAGCCAUACAUACAUACUAUUCAAACUGCACAGAGGGAACUAAGGUUAGAGAGUGAUGAGUGGACUUCACUCUGGCACACAAAAGGCUGUUUCUUAUCAUAGCCGCCUUCACUGACUUUACGAUCCCUGAUGAUUUGAAUCUGUUCUUUGUCAAUAAGCUUUCCUGAACAGGAAUAGAGUAAAUGAAAGGCUGUUUUUAAACUGACUCCAGGUGUAUUAGUAGUAGUAGGAAGGAAGCAAAAACCGAAAGAAUUUAUUGUACACUGAGAUUUUAACGUAUAUUUAACCCUCAGUCUACUGCCUAUUUUGUUAUAAUAAAAAGUCUAUAUUGAGCUUUACUUCAAGACUCAUACAGCUAUGGGGAAUUAUUUUCUUUGCCAUGUUGAACGUAUAAAUAUGAAUAUAUAUAUAUAUAUAAAUAUAUUUUCCUUUACUUUCACCAACACCUAUCGGUUUCAGUUAGUUUCUUAUGCAUUCAGUAGAGCAGAGGAGACCUGUGGUCCUGAGUCAGGUCCCUCUGUAAGGCCAGAGAAUGACUCUGUAUGGCCAGAGAAUGGGGUUAAGGUUAGGGUCGGAACAGGACAGACAUACACCCCUAACUCUGAACUCCGCUGACUGGCUGGGGUGUGAACUGUGUUGGUGAAGCAGUGGAAAUGUAAAGUAACCGACAUGGUGGGCGCUGGUUCUCCUCUCCCCCUCUCCAUGUCCACUUCCCUGCCAGUUUUCUUUUUUCAUGUGAUGAUGUGCAUGGUUUUUAAAAGCAGUAGUCUUUAUUAAAUAACAAACAAGGGGAAACAGAGGGGUCUGUGUUCACCGAGGAUUGUGACGUCAUAUCUUCAAGCUCCGCGAGGGGAUCGUUCAGACAGACACACACUGGAGUAGACAGUUAGACAGUCCUCAAGAGUGUGUGUGGACAUGGCCGUUGUUCGUAUCUGAAGGGGAAAAGAUCUAACAACGCGCUCUGAAGCGCAACGCCUUUAACUGUCCUCCGGAGGACGCCGUGCUGGAAUCCUCCCUCCCUCUCCUGCUUCCACAGAGAUGAUUGUUUUCUAUAAGACUUGUUCUUCUUCUGGUUCUUCUUGUUCUUCACCACCUCACCACUGCUUUCUAUCUCACUUUUGGAUUCGAGUUUGUAAAUAAUCCCUUUCCUGAUUCAUUCAAUUUGUCAUAAAGAGGAGAACUGCCAAUAAACCCUUUCUCAUACAUCA